GAGGGCCAGAAACAUGUCGUCUGUUAUUUUUGGUAGUAAUGCUUAACAACGGAGGUGCGAAGAAAUUAAUAAGAAAUUAAUUUUUAGAUUUGAAUCGUACACGACUUGUAUACGGCUCUAUCAAAAUUUGACAUCGUCUGUAAGCGAUCGGUAGCAUGAAAGGGAUUAUUUGACUGUGUACUUAAAAAAUUGGCUGGUAAACUAUUUAACGCGCAGUCGUCGAAUUACAUGAAAAUGUUCAGAAAGGAUGGGAGCAAGUUCGUUAUAUUUACAUUAGUCAUUCUGAUGUUUUUCUGCGACAAAACGUCUUCAGAAUGCCAUAAGUUAACUCCUUGCUCCUGUGUAUUUCCUGACGGUCAAGGAUAUAAUCUGACAAAACUUAGUACCUUAGGACCUUUGACAGCACCUGCUCCCGCAGAUCCUAAAAACCGUACUAUUUAUUUUCAUCCAUGCUCAAAUGAACCAAUGGCAAAUCCUAAUAGCGAAUGUCAUAAAGGGAAGGGAGUAUCAGUAUGCUUAGUUGAUCCAAAUAAUAAUUAUACUAUUAGUCUUGGAACUGUUGAAGAAACCACCUUAAAUGUAUAUGAGGAUACCACAAAACAUCCUUCUUUAACUGUUCAUCAUGGAAAUUAUACAACAAGUAUAGGUUUUGUUUGUUGCAAUAUUUGCAAUACACAUUUAAUAGCAGAUUCUGCUGUCAGCAAUACGGAUUAUAAAUUGCUGUUGGUAUCUCCUUAUGUUUGUAAAGAGUUGAUACGCACGUAUGGCCUUUCUACUGGCUCCUUAUUGCUUAUUUUCUUUUUUGUGAUUACUGGAAUAUAUUUCAUUGGCGGAGCAAUAACAUUGAAACUGUUAAGAGGAGCAACAGGCUGGGAAAUGAUACCAAAUCAUAAGUUUUGGAGGGAUUUGCCAUCACUUGUGAGAGAUGGUAUUGAUUACACCUUCAAUGGCUGCCAUGUUAGUAGUUAUCAAAGAAUAGGAGCCUAAAUUCUUUUUGUAAUGUUAGAUUCAGUGAUGACAUUGAUAGAUUUUAUAUUGUAUAAAUAACUAAUAAUGUUUAUGUUUCACACGUUGGAUAUGUUAGAGUUUACAGAAAAUUGCGUUAUUCAGUGUUUUGCACAACAACUUUACUCUACCAAGAAAGAGAGAGAAAAGUAUUUUGUAUGAUGUAUACUUCUCUUGUACUUUUGUAUAAAGAACAUGUAAUAUUUAUUCAAUGCUUUUUCUCAUAUAUAUAUAUAUAUAUGUGUAUGUAAUGACGGUAAUAUUUUUUAUUAAUGCUAGCGAUACAAAAGUAUAAAUAUUUAUAUACAUA